AUGGUGCUCGGCACCUUCAUGUUGAUGGGCUGCUUCGUGGCCUUCGGCUUCUGCAAGGCAUACUGGCAGAUCAUCGUCGUCCAUGUGGCCAUGGGCAUGCUCAACGGCAAUGCUGCCGUCGUGCCAACCGUGCUGGGCGAGGUCACGGAUCGCUCAAAUCAGAGCAGGGCCUUUACCUGGCUCCCCGUCAUCUAUUCGCUCGGAGGCAUCACUGGCCCUGCAUUCGGAGGCCUUCUCGUCGGCAAGCUCACGCCAACCUAUCCCUACCUCGCCCCGAACCUGAUCAGCGCUGGUCUUCUUUUGUUCAGUGUCGUUGUCGUUGGCAUCUGGUUCGAGGAGACGUUGGAGAGCGCCCAUGACGACGCCCACGAGGCCUGGAUUCCAGAGUGGCUUCGAAAUGCCUGGUCCAAGAUAUGGGGCUCGACCGAGCCGCGACGCAACUCUUGGAGCUCGCGUUGGCCUCGACAAGGAUCGCGCGCUGUCGUGGAGCACGACGAUGAGGACGAUGAAGAGGAUGACGAAGGGCACGCCGGAGAGGGCCAAGGCCUUUUGCAUCAUUCCUCUGAUCUAGAUGGCACGGAUGAGGAUACCAAGCACGGAGACGAGCACACGUCAUGGCGCCAGAUUCUAAGCCGCAACACCAUCCUUGUUCUUCUGACGUAUCUUGUUUUCCAGCUCUCGAACAUCUCAUUCAAUGGUUUGUAUCCUAUUUUCGCCAACGCCGAUACCCCCGCCGGUCGCGAUCUGUCGCCCAGCACCAUCGGUGUCUGUCUGAGUGCGGCGGGUGUCGCUACUAUCAUCUUCCAGGCCUUCAUCUUUCAGCAUCUCAAGGCGCAACUUGGCAACUUGGGGAGCUACCGCAUUGCCCUAUUGGGACUCGCCGUCAGCAUGCUUCUCAUGCCCUGGAUUGGCUACAAGGAUGACAAGCCACUCUUCGGAAUUGGAACUGGUCAAGCAUGGCUCUAUGCUGAACUGAUUGCCGUUCUCGUUUUCAAAAACAUCUGCGCUGUUGGUGGACUAUCAAGCGUCAUGCUUUUAAUUACUAAUUGUGCACCGACACACGGCACUCUCGGCACUCUCAAUGGCAUCGCUCAAUCUCUGUCCGCUGCUGGCCGCAGUAUUGGUCCCUUUGUUUCAGGCGGACUCUUCACGAUCGCCAUCGACGUUCGUCCCAAGGGCGAGGCUCUUGCCUGGGGAGUCUUCGGCGGCAUCGCCUUCCUCGGCUGGCUUGGCACUAUGGGCAUCCGAAAUCGCGGUCUUGAAAGCGACGACUGGGUGGGCACUGAGGACCACUCUGAAGACGACGAGGCUGAGCCGUAA